AUGUCCAAGGAAACGAUGAUAAUAUUUGUUUACGACCGCACUAAAAAGGUUGAAAACGAUGAUCCUACUGGUUCGAUUAUUUAUUUCCACCCCAUGUGGGUGUCAGAAUUACAGAAAAAGUCCCUUUGCGGGCAAUUAAUGGGCUCUAGCCACUUUCUUGGUGAAACUUUAUCAAAAGUUGGAUUUAUUUCACUGCAGAAUGGUAAAUUUGCUUUACGUUCUCAUGGACGAUUCAUGCUGGCUGUGGGCUCCGAUCGCAACAUUGCAGACUCCAUUCUAGAAUACAGAGCCAAUUUACUGUCCUCGUUAAUUGAGCUGUACCACGGCGAUUUCAACACUCUCUACAAUAGUUUUGUUGAGAAAGAACAAAAGAAUCGUUUCAAUGAAAAGGUAUUUUGUUUGAUGGAGUCCAGUCUACCUUUGCUUCAAUUCAAUGGAAAUAUAUUUCAAAACAUGCCCUUACUUCGGCUACCAAAGUGUGCAAGCAAUGUAUACCUAGAAACAAACCAAAUCCUGCAAAGUUUUUUGCAAAACAAAGGAGUUCUUGGAGGAUCUAUUUUUUAUCACAACAAAGUGUUGGCUUCUCAGUUGCCAAUAAAUCUGACAAAAUUGUUAGUGUAUACCGAUCCUUAUCGAAUGAAGCUUGCAGAAAUGACGACAGUUACAUUCCACGUGCCCAACGGCGUCAGUCUCGUUAGCGCAUACAUCUCUAAAAGAGAUUAUAUGCACUUGGUCGAUGCAUCAAAAAAUAUUCCAGUUUAUUUCAAUAAUUGUGCUACGGGCGCAUCUGGUUCCGGAGUCAUUCCUUUUGCCAUCAAGAAAAAAUCGUCAAAAGAACUCGUUAGUGGCGGUAGCGUUGGUGGUGGGUAUCCUAUGCUCAAGACGGACAAAUCGAUUAUAUUUUCUAACAUUCCUGAGGAAGAACCGAUUGGCGUAGAUGGCGGGGUUUGUGAGGAAACGCAGAAAAGAAACUACACUAGUGUGUCAAGACCGACUUUUUUGCCUCUAAAAUUUAAAAAUCUUACAUCACGAGACAUAGUUGACUCGGGAGUAAAUUCUAUAAACUUCGAUGAAUCUGAUAGUUUUCCAAAUUUUAUUGGUAAAACUAGUGUUUGCUCUACGCCACUGACCGAAAAUAAGAUCGUGCCAAACCGCAAUAUGAUGUCAAUAUGUGUGACUAAGCAGGAAGUUGGACCAUCGGCCCCACCUGCCGAAGAGGAAAGUUCCAAAUCGUGUGAUCGAGGCGAGGAGCCAAAAGAAUACAGAGAAUGUGACGAAUCCAAUGUUUUUCGGUAUUCAAACACGAGAAAAUACAGUGUGCUCACCAAAAUGUCGACAAACAAUCGCUAUGCGUCUAUGCCAGGAUUGGCCAAAGUCGAAGAUGAUGAAAUAGAUCCUAAUUCUCCAACCGAGGAACAAAACAAGCAACAAAAGAAAAUGUUAUUCUAUCGCAAAGCAUUCUCCAAAGAUUAUGACAGCCUGAGAACCAUUACUGAUCCCCUUUAUCCGAUUGUGGAUCAGAGAAAACGUGCCAUAUCUUAUAGUUUGUUUCAAGAUUUCGAACGUGCACACGGUGAACAAAUAGCAAAACUGGUUGAGCAAGAGGUAGAGCAUGCGUUGAAAAGCAAGGACAACAGUGUAAAUGAGCCACAGGACGCGACAUAUAAGGACAGGCCGUCAAUUGCACCAGUGGGUCUACAUCUUGCACGCCCGUUGGAGUUGAACCAAGCUACCACGCCUAAAGAUCGACGGGGGCUGAGCCUACCAAUAAAAUCGUUCAAUCUUAAUGAAGAUCAACAUUCGACGGUUCGGAUGGCCAGCAGUGGUUCUACGAGUGCUGGACAAGAACUCUUCCAACGUCGAAGGAACACGUUGGAACUUACGCCUCUUAUGUCAAAAUUAACAGUACUGGCCAUGAACGACACCGAAUCAAGUGGGGUAUCCAGUUGGGAUACAACACCCGGCUGUAGCUACAGCAUUGCCAUUUCCCCGCAACAGGAUUACAUUCCACAGCGUCGAAAAUCACAAGACAUAUCACAGCAAUAUACGACAAACCCGUCAAAUGGGACGGUGGCCAUGAGUGAUGAGAAAUCUCUAGUCAAGGUGGAUCUGUUUGUCUGCGUACAGCAAAACAUGACAUUGAUUCUAGUCAUGCAAGAGAAAAAUUGUAUAAACCAACGGCUUGUGCAAACAUUGUUUGAAUCAUGCGUUUCAAAGUUCCUACGGAUUGAAAAUGACAUUCAGCUAGCAAUGAACAUUAAUGUGGACGGCUUUGACAAAGCAGACGGUUAUAGCUUGAUUGCACUCGAUGCCGAUUGGGAUGUGGCGAAAAAGAGUGGCCCUUGGAAUACGUUGGAACAACAGACUAUGGAAUCUUUGCAUACCUACUUUAAAAAAAGUAAUCUUGUUACAGAGGUCACAUUAAAAUCGCAUGAAUCAGUUUUGUACGGCUAUCAGUGCGGAAUGCGGGAGCUUUUUUACACUCAGAUGGCAAACACCCAAGGCGGACUGCCCCCGCCACAGGACGUUAUGGGUGCAGUUCCAUUGUGUGCCAAACGGCGUAUCGAACGGGAUCAUUUUGCACUGCUGCUUUAAUCAACUUUAUGUAAUCGUGUUCUACAGGAGUAUUUGCCAUUGCGUACGAAGAAUAAUUUUCUGGGUACGUCGCUUUGCACCGUUACCGAAAUGGUGCAACAAUUUUCUCCGUACGGGGCCAAAUUAUUCGUCUAUCUUACUACAUCUUAACCAAUCAACCAAUUUAAACAAGUUCCAUUUUCAUGUGCUGUUUGUUUAUUAGCAUAAAAAUAAAAAUUCUGUGGUAGAGAAAGUUCUGGUAGUUGUAAAUAAAAUAUGUUACGAUAACGUAAC